CACCGCGGCUUCCGGGGAGCCGCCGGGCGGCCAUGGAGGGCGCGGGGGGCGGCGCGGCCGAGCGGGCGCCGCUGCUGGGCGCGCGGCGGGCGGCGGGCGGCGCGUUCGCGGGGCGGCGCGCGGCGUGCGGGGCCGUGCUGCUGACCGAGCUGCUGGAGCGCGCCGCCUUCUACGGCGUCACGGCCAACCUGGUGCUGUUCCUCAACGGCGCGCCGUUCGGCUGGGAGGGCGCGCAGGCCAGCCAGGCGCUGCUGCUCUUCAUGGGCCUCACCUACCUGGGCUCGCCCUUCGGCGGCUGGCUGGCCGACGCGCGGCUCGGCCGGGCGCGCGCCAUCGGGCUCAGCCUGGCGCUCUACCUGCUGGGCAUGCUGGCCUUCCCGCUGCUGGCCGCGCCCGCCACGCGCGCCGCGCUCUGCGGGGCCCCGCGCCCGGCGCUGCCGCGCAACGACUCGGCGCCCGCGGCCAACGGCAGCGCCGCCUUCGCCGACGCCGACGGCCCCGCGCGCCGCUGCGCGCCCGCCACCUUCGCGGGGCUGGCGCUCGUGGGCCUGGGCGUGGCCACGGUCAAGGCCAACAUCACGCCGUUCGGCGCCGACCAGGUUAAGGACCGAGGCCCAGAAGCCACGAGGAGGUUUUUCAAUUGGUUCUAUUGGAGCAUUAAUCUGGGUGCCAUCGUCUCCUUGGGAGGCAUUGCCUACAUCCAGCAGAACGUGAGCUUUGUCGCCGGCUACCUGAUCCCCACCAGCUGCGUGGGCGUGGCCCUCGUGGUCUUCCUCUGCGGCCAGAGCGUCUUCGUCACCAAACCGCCUGACGGCAGCGCCUUCACCGACAUGUUCAGGAUCCUGACCUACACCUGCUGCUCCCGCAAGCGGCGGCGAGAGCGCCCGAGCAGCGGUGAAGGCCUUGGAGUCUUUCAGCACUCUUCUAAACAAAGUCUGUUUGAUUCAUGUAAGAUGUCUCACGGGGGGCCGUUCACAGAAGACAAAGUGGAAGAUGUGAAGGCGCUGGUCAAGACUGUCCCUGUGUUCUUGGCCUUGAUCCCUUACUGGACAGUGUAUUUCCAAAUGCAGACAACGUAUGUCUUGCAGAGCCUUCACUUGAGGAUUCCAGAAAUCUCGAGUAUCACCACCGCCCACCACACGUUCCCGGCCGCCUGGCUCACCAUGUUCGACGCGCUGCUCAUCCUGCUGCUCAUCCCGCUCAAGGACCGCCUGGUGGACCCGGUGCUGCGCAGGCACGGCCUGCUGCCCUCCUCGCUGAAGAGGAUCGCCGUGGGCAUGUUCUUCGUCAUGUGCUCCGCCUUCGCCGCCGGAAUUCUGGAAAGUAAAAGACUGGACCUGGUCAAGGAGAAGACCAUCAACCAGACCAUCGGCAACGUGGUAUACGCGGCCGACCUGCCCAUCUGGUGGCAGGUGCACAGUCUUGAGUUCGCCUACUCGGCCGCCCCCAAGUCCAUGCAGAGCGCCAUCAUGGGGCUCUUCUUCUUCUUUUCUGGCGUCGGCUCCUUUGUGGGCUCAGGGCUGCUGGCGCUGGUGUCCGUCAAGGCCAUCGGAUGGAUGAGCAACCACACGGACUUCGGUAAGAGCCGCGGCCCACAGGAGCCCCAGAUCAUGGCCGCCAUGCGCACAGCGGCUGGAGAUGAGCCCUCGGCCCCAGGCCGUCUGAGCCGGCGGACGUGGGUCACAGCCUUUGUCCAGCGUUGCUUUUCCAGGCAGCACGCGGCUGGGCAGCGAGUUGUGUUCCGCGUGGGCAGGCCUGGUGGGCUUUUCGAUUACGUCCUGCAACAUCAAGGCUGCCACCUGAAUACUACUCUUCUGCUGGCCGCCGUGCAGGGGGCCACGCUGCUGCUCUUCCUCCUCGUGUCCGUGAGGUACGACCGCCAGCGAGCCAGAGCCAGCGGCACGGUCGCCAGCGCCAGGGCCUGA